GCCGCUCAUUGGUCCAGAUCCCAGCCAAAUCACCCCACCCCUCGGUUGGCUGGAUUAGCCUGCCCUUCCAGCCUCGGAUUGGCCAGCGACAGUAUCCUUUGGUCGCGGUUGUGUCUGGGAAGGAGAGAAAAUGGCGGCGGAGCCGAGCAAGACUGAGAUCCAGACUCUUUUUAAGAGGCUUCGGGCAAUUCCAACCAAUAAGGCCUGUUUCGACUGCGGCGCCAAGAGUCCGAGCUGGGCUAGCAUCACGUAUGGUGUUUUUCUGUGUAUCGACUGCUCCGGGGUGCACCGUUCCCUGGGUGUCCACCUGAGCUUUAUCAGGUCCACAGAGUUGGAUUCCAAUUGGAGCUGGUUCCAGCUGAGGUGUAUGCAGGUCGGAGGGAACGCCAAUGCGACAGCCUUUUUCCGCCAACAUGGAUGCACAGCCAAUGAUGCCAACACGAAAUACAAUAGCCGAGCUGCCCAGAUGUACCGGGAGAAGAUCCGGCAGCUGGGGAGUUCGGCUCUGGCUAGGCAUGGCACUGAUCUUUGGAUAGACAACAUGAGCAGUGCUCCCAGUCAGUCCCCAGAGAAGGACUCUGAUUUCUUCAUCGAACACACUCAGGCCCCUGCCUGGGAUGCACCUGCCACUGAGCCUUCAGGGACCCAGCAGCCAGCCCUGUCUGCAGAGAGCAGUAGCCUGGCACAGCCAGAGCAGGGCCCCAACACCGACUUGCUUGGCUCUUCAAACAAGGCCUCCCUGGCGUCCAUGUGUCUGUCAGCUGCAGGGGCCCCUCCUGCCAGAGAUCUGAAAAGCUCCAUCAUCGGCAAGAAGAAGCCAGCAGCAGCCAAGAAGGGGCUGGGGGCCAAGAAAGGCCUGGGGGCCCAGAAGGUGAGCAGCCAGAGCUUCAGUGAGAUCGAGCGGCAGGCCCAGGUGGCAGAGAAGCUCCGUGAGCAGCAGGCAGCAGAUGCCAAGAAGCAGGUGGAGGAGUCCAUGGUCGCCUCCAUGCGCCUGGCCUACCAGGAGCUCCAGAUUGACCGGAAGAAGGAGGAGAAGAAGCUGCAGAAGCUGGAAGGGAAGAAGCGGGAGCAGGCCGAGAGGCUGGGCAUGGGGCUGGUGUCCCGCAGCCCUGUCUCCCACUCCGUGCUGUCCGAGAUGCAGGUGAUCGAGCAGGAAACCCCUGUGACUGCAAAAUCCUCCCGCUCGCAGCUCGACUUGUUCGACGAUGUUGGAACUUUCGCCUCUGGGCCUCCAAAGUACAAGGACAACCCAUUUUCCUUGGAAUCCUUUGGUUCUCACUGGGACACCGAUGCCACCUGGGGAAUGGACAGGGGGGAAGAGAAGGAGCAGGAAGUGACUAUCUCAAGCAUCCGGCCAGUUUCAGAAAGAGCCACCAGCCGGAGGGAGGUGGAGAGCCGGAGCCUGGGCCCAGAGUCCAGUGAAGCACAGCAGAAGUUUGCGGGCGCCAAAGCCAUCUCAUCAGACAUGUUCUUUGGGCGGGAGGUGGACACUGAGUAUGAAGCUAGGUCCAGGCUGCAGCAGCUCUCGGGCAGCAGCGCCAUCAGCUCUGCAGACCUCUUUGGGGACAUGGAUGGACCUCACGGAGCAGGCAGCGUGUCUCUGGGGAAUGUGCUCCCCACCGCCGACAUGGCGCAGUUUAAGCAGGGCGUCAAGUCUGUGGCUGGCAAGAUGGCUGUGCUGGCCAAUGGGGUGAUGAACUCGCUGCAGGAUCGAUAUGGUUCUUACUGACCCCAGCCCUGUGGCAGCGUCAGCAGCAGGAGCCUGUGAUUCCCAGGCUGGUGACAGAGGAUCGGCGACUUCUUGUGCUGUGCAGUGGGCAGCCUUGGACCCAGGGCAGGGUUGCAGCAGCACCAGCCCUCCCUCUGCCUGUGGGCCAAGCCCCUCUUUUGUCCCCUUGAGCCCUUCUCCGCACUAGCAUCCUUCUGCCUGUCUGCCCGCCCGCCCGAAGGUGCUGCUCACUUGGCUGCGUUGGAGGAGGGCAGGCGCCUGGGCCGGCCUCUGGUCAGCUGCUCUGGCUCGCUCUUCCUGUGGGAAAGCAGAGCGUGCAAGGCUUCUGCCAGCUCUCAACGGUCUGGGGAUUCCCUCUGCUUUUCGGCCUGGGGAGGCCCUGGAUUUUCCCUACUGUUUCUGGGUGCCAGGGAGGUCAGGAGGGGAAGGACCUUGGGGCCUAAGGGUAGAGACUACCUGGCACUGCCGGUUUCCUCUGGGGCAGCCUGGAGGCCUGAGUGACCUUCUUCUGUCCCUGCCACCUGGGACCCUGCCUGCUGCUGUCUCAGUUCCUCACUGUGGCCACGGUAACCCUGUCUCCCCUUCCCUGGUUGGCGCCCACAGCGGCCUCGCCUGCACUGACUCGUGACCAGAUGCUGGCCGUGUGCGGCCAGCCAGGAAGACAGGGACAGAGCUGGUGUGCGCUCAGCUUCCUCCUCUGUUCUCCUGGCCUGCCGGGCCGUGCACUGUGUCAUCUUGGUGCCAUCUCUGCCUCUGGGCAGUCUGGGCCCAGCCCUACCUACGGGUGGAAGGUUGGGCUCUGAGCAACACAAGACCAGUCUGCCCUCCCCCAGAGGGACAGGACUUCUUUCAGGACUGUUUGUAUUGAGACAGUGGUGUCAAUAAAGCCCCCACGGGGCCUGUGGUCCGAG